ACCAGUCCGAGUUACCCGUCGCACUCCGUCCGGACAAUCGAAUUGGCCGUGAAAAGAAAUGCGGCUUUGAGAGCCAAUGCGUAUUCCUUCCUCGCCUACCCACCUCCCAAGUCAUGGCCGUGCCCGCGUCUAUACCAGCCUUGCUGGACUCCUUAACCAACGCGCUUACCUCCGCUCUCGAAGCAACAUCUAGAGUCGACGGCACCAUCGAGCCUACCGAGAACGGCGUCUCGCUCCUCGACGUCAAGAACGAACUCCUCCUGUCCUACCUGCAGAACCUCGUGUUUCUCAUCCUCAUAAAGAUACGCCAAUACUCCAAACCGCACAGUCCCUCAGAUAUCAGGAAUCGCGACGGCCAGGAGCCAGACCAGAGGAACCCUUUCGAUUCCGUAGUCAGGAGACUAGUCGAGCUACGCCUAUACCUGGACAAGGGCGUACGUCCGCUCGAGGAGAAACUUCACUUCCAGUUCGACAAGAUCCUUCGCGCUGCCGACGACGCCGACCGCGCCGCCCAAUUGGCAGCGAGGGAAGCCGCCGAGUCCGACUCUGGGUCGAGAUCCGACCAAGGGUCCGACGGCAGCGAUGACAGCAGCGACGACAGCAGCGACGACGGCGAGGAUAACCGGGAACCUAGCAGCCAGCAUCCUCGGAUGCGCCGGGCCUCCCCCACCAUCGCCGCCAAGCAGUAUGCCCCCAACUUCAGCAAUUUCGCGCCGCCGUCCAACCCCGUCGGCAUGGCGGCGGCAACGGCCUCCCAGGACCGCACCGGCGCCUACCGGCCACCCAAGAUCGCGCCGACUACCAUGCCUGACUUCGACCGGCGGUCCGGCCGCGGCGAGCAGCGCCGGCCCCUGAAGUCUGCCGCCGUUGAUGAGUACGUCUCGGCAGAGCUAUCCACCGCGCCGCUCGCCGAGCCUAGCGUCGGUACUACUAUCGUCGCCCGCGGUCGCAAAGUCAAGACCGCCUCUGAGCGGCACGAGGAGGACCGCCGUCGCGAGUACGAGGAGUCCAAUUUCGUGCGCCUGCCCAAGGAGAGCAAGAAGGAGCGCGCUAAAAGGAGCGAGACCGAGGCCCGCAGCAGUAAGAUGACGUUCGGCGGCGAGGACUGGCGAGAUUUAGACGAGGGCGCGAAUCGUAUCGAGCGCUUAACUAGGCGAAAGGAGAGUAGUGGCGGUACCAAGGCGCUGUUAGAGAAGAGCCGCAAGAGGGUUCGGGAAACAGUCGACGGCGGUCGUGGCAGCGGUCUCAGUAGCGGAACCAGAGAAAUAGGCGACAGGUUCAACAAGCGCCUCAAGGUUAUAGAAAGCGGACGCAGAGAUCGAGGCAAGCGAUGACGAGACAAAACUAAUAGGUAAUAUCGUACCUAGGUCUUACUUGGGCACAUACCUAUCCCUCUUCCGGCAAUUGUCUAUUGCCGAUUUCCAUUUAUCGCUGGUCGUGCUGAAGCACAGCGAUAAACCACUCGCAGAAUCACCCAAGCCCCUUAACGCGGCUAUUACUGCUAACUCCCAUCGUCCAACUGACUGAGUAACCUUUCUUCCCGUAUUUAUUCGUUACUGUUUCACAUCCGGAUAAUCGCUCCACGAAGUCCACUCGCCGAGAGAAUCUACCAUCAUUCCGAUCUCCCUUUUUUG